AGCAGCAAGACCGCAGGAGCUACAACCAACAGGUCGCCAUCCACAAGGUUCCGACAUGAAGCUCCAUCGAUCAUGGGGCUUCCAUCACACGUUAGCCUUGGGGUUGGCUCUUUGCUCCCACUCUAGCGAGAGUUUCGGCCCCAUAGAUCCAGCGGUGGUCUACAGCAGCAGAGGCCAGCAUCAUCGCAGGGCAACAACACCAGAGCUGAGAAGCAGCACGUCUCCUUUGCCCCCACCAGACUCUCGCAGCGGCACAAUCUCAACCCCUCCCCCGCCACGAGAAUUCAUCGAACGAGAGCGAGAGCGGUGGGGGCAUGGGACCGCGCGAGCCGUCGAGCGCGGGGUGGACAACCGAAGCCGCAAGGGUGGAGGCAGAGGUGGCAGUGCGACAAAGAAAUCGGGGCCUAGGAGGCCUCGGGCGAAGGGGGACAGGGGCCGUGGUCCCAUGGUGUUGUGCUGGAGGAUGUUCAACAUGGAGCUCGGUGUCAAGGUGGACCCUGGGAAGGAUUUCUGCGGGGUUUCGGCUGAGCUCUUGGCGGUGGUCGCUGGCAGACUAGGAAUCAAGGACGAAGGGGUGUUGGCCGACACCGACGUGGUGGUGGUACGCAAGUCGUUCGACGCCAGGACGAAGAAGGAUGCGGAGCCGCGGUUCUCGUACACCUUGGAUGUCCGGCUGUCGCCGAAAACGGCGAGAAAACUGCGGCUGAGGACCAAGCAGGGCAAACUGGAGCCGUCGCCGUCGGGCGGACCGCUCUUCCCGGCCUCCCCCUCCUCCGACGCUUCCGUAUUCUCGGACAUCUCCCCGGACAUUACCUCCGCGGCAGUCUCUAAGAUGGCCGCUCUCUCCGACGCCACUCCGGCUGCCGUCGCUGCUGAAGCCAUCGCCGCCGAUGCCGCUGCCGUCGCCGCUGCCGGCGCGGCAGAGGGCGAUGUGACGGAGGGAGCGGGGGCGCCGCCGUUGGUAACGGGGAGGGGUGGAGGGGGCCCGUCGGUUGUGAUUGUCGGGGCCGGGCCUGCUGGUUUGUUCGCCGCGCUGGAGCUGGUGGAGGUCGGGAUGAAGCCCAUCAUCGUAGAGCGUGGCAUGCCAGUUGAAAGAAGGGGCCGGGAGAUCGGGGCGUUGUUCCAUAGGCGCAUCUUAAACCCAGACAGCAACUUGUGCUAUGGAGAGGGCGGCGCUGGAACAUGGAGUGACGGCAAGCUCACCACGAGGAUUGGCAGGAACAGCGACAACGUCAGGAAGGUGUGCGGUUGGAUGAUACCAAUCUACCACGUGCUCUACAGCAUCAACAUGAUAGCUCGUCUCACAGUAUUGAACGCUCGCCCACCCCCCAGGCUGGUCCGAAUCCUUCGGGACAUGCGAGCCUUCCUUAUCGAGAGAGGGGCCACGUUCCGCUUCGACACCAAGGUCGAGGGUUUACUCACCAGAGGCGGCGGCGACCGAGAGGCAAUCAGCGGUCUCAAGCUCGCGGACGGGAGUGAGAUUCUUGCCGACAGGGUUAUCCUGGCCGUUGGCCACAGCGCAAGGCCCUUGUACGAAAGGCUGCUAGACUCCGGAGUGGGCCUUGAAGCCAAGGGCAUCGCGGUCGGGUUCCGAAUCGAGCACCCGCAGGUGCCCGUGGCUGAUUACAGGUUAACCCAGUCGCUCGGAGCUAUGGACAAGCCUGAUGAAGCCGGGCAAAGGUCGGCGAAACGAGGGUACCAAGACCGGAGCUGUUACAGCUUCUGCAUGUGCCCGGGGGGGCAAGUAGUGCCGACCAGCGUCGACCCGAAGGAGGUGUGCGUGAACGGCAUGAGCUUCUCCAAGCGCGAGUCUAAGUGGGCCAACGCCGCCCUCGUCGUAUCCCUGAGCCCGAAAGACGUGGCCGAUGACGUUUCCGCGUUGGAGGGGGCCGAAGCUGGGAAUGGUCCGCUAAGGGGGGUCAGGUGGCAGUCGGCGAUGGAGAGAAGAGCAGCGGAGAUGGGCGGCGGAAAUCUCGGUUGGGGCGCGGAGGGAUGUUCGUCAGUUGUUCCGGUUCAGCGCGUAACGGACUUCAUGGCGAGUUCUUCUGGGCGGGACGCCGACUUGCCUUCCUCCAGCUACCGGUUAGGGGUUCGAGCGGGGCCUCUGCACGAGCUCUACCCGUCGUACGUGACGGAGGGUCUCCGAGAAGCCUUGGAGGCGUUCGAGAGGCGCAUGCCAGGCUUCGUGUGCGACGAGGCGUUGCUUCACGGAGUUGAGACUCGAACGAGCUCUCCUGUUCAGGUACACCCGUCCAGCCGAAAGGACUACCGCUGCCGGCGGUGUGUGGCGCGCCUCUAG